CAGGACUCACUUAAUUGGAAGGAAAAUAAUUCUAUAAAUUGCAGGAUAUAUUUUGACGAAAGAAAUCAACCCAACAAAUAUCAAAGCUCAAUCUGGAUAUAACUUGCUAGUAUUUAAUUUUUAGAGGGAGAUCAUGAAGAACCAAGUUGUUCUUUUCAUUUGUUUGUUAUUUUUAGUCCAUACCGGAGAAUCAUUGAAGUAUACACUUAUCGGUGAGUUGGAAGUUGCAGCAUCUGCUAAUGAUGUAUGGGCUUUUUUCGCCUCGAACGACGCCCCUAGAAUGUUUGUGCAACUACUUCCAGGAGUGUUUGAUAGAAUAGAGAUUCUUGAAGGCAACGGCGGUGUUGGCAGCGUUCUUCGCGUUGUAUACCCUGCAGGGUCAGUGCCGCUAACAAACUUGGAAAAGUUCGUGACGAUUGAUAAUCGCAGACGUCUCAAGGAGAUACUACAGACUGAAGGAGGAUAUCUGGAUUUGGGUGUAACUUAUUUCAUGGAGAGUUUUCAGAUCAUAAGGAGAGGUGCUAACUCGUGUACCAUAAAAUCCAUGAUAAACUACGAAGUCCCUGAUGAUCUCGCUGCCAAUGUUUCUCCUCUCAUCAGUAUUGAGGGUCUCAUAAACAUGGCUAAAGUUGCUGCCAAAUACAUUAUUGAUAACAAGAAUAAAGCUUCAUCUGUUGCUGAUAUGUAAUUCAUAAUGUUUCCUACAGAAUGAAGUUGCAAGUACCGAAAGUUGUUGAUUGUACUCAUUGGCUUUAUAUGUUAUCCUUUGUAGUAAUUGGUACAUUAUGAAAGGCCUGGCAAUGUGAUAGUUACUUCCUCAUAAGAGAUAUCAGUAAGUUUCAAUACGUUGAUUAGGUAUCAAUAAAUUGCAAUAUGUUACCACAAGACGAGUCAAUAGAACCCAUCUUCUUAUGA